CAGGUAGUAGCCGAGAGUCAGGAUCAUCUAGUUCCCGAUGGACGCCACUGCUGUAGCUGGGUGUUUUAGAGACAAGAGCAUCCUCAUCACCGGCUCAACUGGGUUCCUCGGGAAAUUGCUCGUGGAGAAAAUACUGAGGGUUCAACCAGCUGUGAAGAAGCUCUACCUGCUUGUUCGUGCAGCAGACGCUGCGUCCGCGGAGCAGCGUGUUUUCUCCGAUGUCAUAGAAAUGGAUCUCUUUAACGUGCUACGAAAGAAGUACGGCCUUGCUGGCUUCCAAAGUUUCAUCCAAGAAAAGGUAGUUCCUCUUGCAGGUGACAUCAUUUAUGAGAACUUUGGGCUUGACAACUCGCGAGCUGAUGCGUUGUCUAAAGAUAUCGAUGUCAUCAUCAAUGGGGCUGCGACAACUAACUUCUAUGAAAGGUAUGAUGUUGCUCUGGCAUCUAAUGCACUAGGACCCAGAAAUGCGUGCGAGUUCGCAAAGAAGUGUCCCAAUCUGAAACUGUUACUUCAUAUUUCCACUGCCUUUGUAGCUGGUACACAAGAAGGGCUGUUACUAGAGAAAGCGUUCCAGAAUGGUGAAACACUAAGGGAAGGCUACUACAUGGACAUUGAAGCUGAGCUGCAGUUAGUUGAUAAGAUCAAGUCCGAACUUACGGCGGCUAAGAGCGGUACCUCAGAACAGUUGGAGAAGUCCACCAUGAAAGAACUUGGCUUAAAAAGGGCUUGUCAUUUUGGAUGGCCAAAUGUGUACACGUUUACCAAGACUAUGGGUGAGAUAUUGCUUGGCCAGCGGAGGGGAAAUCUUCCGGUUGUCAUCAUUCGCCCAACCAUGGUAACCAGCACAUAUCAAGAUCCAUUCCCUGGAUGGAUAGAAGGAGCAAGGACAAUUGAUGCUUUGAUUGUUGCGUACAAUGAGCAAGCAUUCCCAUGUUUCAUAGGCGAUCGCAGUAAUGUAAUCGAUGCUAUUCCAGCAGACAUUGUUAUAAACGCUGCAAUGGUAGCCAUCGCUGUUCAUUGGAACGAGGAAGCGCAAGUCAUUUACCACGUGAGCUCAUCACUCCAGAAUCCACUAUCCCUUUAUGCAUUUGAAGAUGCAUGUAUGGAUUACUUUUAUAUUAAUCCUCGUACACUCGAAAAUGGAAAAACCGUCCCAAAUAAAAGGCCAUACGUGUUCAAAAAUCUUUCAUUCUUCCGUCUAGUUCUGCUCCUGGUGUAUAAACUUCCGCUACAGAUGCUACACGUAAUGAGCUUCUUAUUAUGUGGAAUGUUUUCACAACACUACAAUAAGCUCAACCGAAGAUUGAAUUUCUUGAUGCUCUUGGUCAAACUUUAUGCACCAUAUGCCUUCUUCAAUGGACGCUUUGAUGACACAAACUUGUCGAGGUUGUGGAGUGAAGCUAAGAUGGAUGGUGGGGAUAAUUCCAUAUUUAACUUUGAUCCCAAGUGUGUCGAUUGGCACUCAUAUCUCGUCGAGGUCCACGUCCCAGCUGUACUAAAGUGCGCACGCAGGGAGAAAGGCCGAGCAUGAAAGAUACUAUCAUCACAAGAUGCAGCAAAAUAUAAUGGUCUGAUUGAGAUUACUUGUAAAAUAACACAGAUUAU